GAGGUUACUGACAAAAUUCCACAGUCCGCAGAAGCCGCAAUCGCACGCACUCGCCACCCCACUCCACCAAUCCUGUCUUCCAAUCUCCCGUGAACUCUCUCUCUCCCUCUCUCUCUCGUCCCUCGCCCAUAAAAGCAUCACCUUGGAGACCAUCCAAACAUCACGUCCCCAAGAAACCAGCCACCUACGAGCAGAUACUGUCGAGCAUAACCACUGAAUCACGCGCCGAAAAUCCAUCCAGUGUCUAAGGAAAUGAAGCAGCACUUCCUCUUCACCAUCAUUCUCCUCCUACUCACCACCCAACUCCCGCUCCACCGAUCAGCCAGCCACGACUACGGCGACGCGCUGUCCAAGUCCAUCCUCUUCUUCGAGGGCCAGAGGUCGGGUUGGCUGCCGCAGGACCAGCGGAUGGCCUGGCGCGCCAGCUCGGGCCUCGGCGACGGAUGGACGCACCACGCCGACCUGACCGGCGGGUAUUACGACGCGGGGGACAAUGUCAAGUUCAACUUCCCAAUGGCCUUCACGACGACCAUGCUGUCGUGGAGCGUGAUCGAGUUCGGCGAGAUGAUGCCCCCGGCCGAGCUGCGCAACGCUCAGGUGGCGGUCCGCUGGGGCACCGACUAUCUCCUCAAGUCCAUCUCUCAGCUGCCUAACCGGAUUUUUGUGCAGGUGGGUGAUCCAAACACCGACCACAACUGCUGGGAAAGGCCGGAGGACAUGGACACCGCGAGAACAGCUUACGUGGUCGAUGCCCCUAAUCCAGCUUCGGAUGUCGCCGGGGAGACCGCGGCAGCUCUGGCAGCUGCAUCCAUGGCAUUCCAGUCAUCAGACCCGGGAUAUUCCGAGACCCUCUUGAGAAAUGCCAUCAAGGCCUUCGAGUACGCCGACAAUCACAGGGGAGCUUACAGUGACAAUGCCAAUGUCAAAGACGGUGUCUGCCCUUUUUACUGCGACUUCGAUGGGUACCAGGACGAGCUGUUGUGGGGUGCGGCAUGGCUCAGGAGGGCGACUCAGGACAGUUCUUACCUCGAUUACAUCCAAGACAACGGCCAGACACUCGGCGCCGAAGAGAAUAUCAAUGAGUUCGGCUGGGACAACAAGCACGCCGGUCUCAACGUGCUCGUCUCCAAGGAAUUCCUGGAAAGCAGCAUGUUCGCGCUCCAAUCCUACAAGGCAUCGGCGGACAGCUUCAUGUGCACGCUCAUCCCCGAAUCAUCGACCGCUUACCACAUAGACCUCACUCCCGGCGGUCUCAUCUACAAGCCCGGCGGCAGCAACCUCCAGCACUCGACCUCCAUCUCCUUCCUCCUCCUCGUUUACGCCAACUACCUCGAGCGGACCUCGCAGUCCGCCAGCUGCGGCGGCGUGACCAUGGGCCCAGCCACGCUGCGGCAGCAAGCCAAGCGACAGGUCGACUACAUCUUGGGCGACAACCCAAAGGGCAUGUCUUACAUGGUGGGCUACGGCGAGCAGUACCCGCAAAGGAUCCACCACCGCGGGUCCUCGCUCCCGUCGAUCGAAGACCGGCUGGAGCCCAUCGGCUGCAAGGAAGGAUCGGUCUAUUUCAAUUCGCCGGGGCCUAACCCGAACGUUCUCGUCGGGGCACUAGUGGGCGGACCCGGCGAGGACGACGCGUUUGAGGACGACAGAGCCGAUUACAGGAAGUCCGAGCCGACCACUUACAUCAAUGCGCCAUUUGUCGGUGUGCUUGCAUAUUUUGCUGCCAACCCAAAUCUUAGCUGAUGAAGAAUUGUGGGAGGAGCACAGCUCCUAGGAGCUACUUUCUUUUGCAGGAAUAGUUCAGGUCAGGGUAUGGGAAUUAUGCAGGUCUCUCGUCUUGGGCAUACCAAAGAAGGAAGAGGCUGUUCCCUUUUUGCCCUCUUUUGGAUUUUUUUUUUUUUUUUAAGGACUGGGAGAGUGAUUUCUUUUUCUCGAUUGAAUUUAGCCUUGCUUGUCGUUGAGGCACAAAGCUUCAGAGCAAGCUUUAGGGGAAACAGGCAUGUCGUGUUUCAGAAACAUGUCAUGUCUCUGUCAUGUCACUCUUGUUAUUAUUUGCAUUUGAUAUGAGUCAAAGGUGUUCGCGAGGGAACAACCGAGCGCAUCGAUUUACGUUAUGAAGCAGUUUUUCUCUGA